AUGGCUAAAGCAAUGCAAUCUGGUGACAAGUCUCGCUUCACUGAUCUUUACAAUGAACCUGUUGAUCAUCUUUUAUCACCAAUAAAAGGUUAUCAAGAUAGACCACUUGUUACACUUCCAGAAGCUAUUGAACCAGUUGCCGGAUUUUUUAAUGAAAUUGAAGACAAUGUCUUUGUUGCAUUGCAUAACUGUCAAAAUCCAGCUGAUGGAUUAGACCAACAAGAAUCAGCUUCUAUACACCUAUAUACAAUGCAAUUUAGUGGCGGACCAAGUUUGUACUUGUUGCUUAACAAAUCAUUACGUGCUGAGAAUCGUGAAGAAUUGCAACCAUGGUUCUCGUAUCUUAAAUUAUUUCUCACGGCUUUGCAUAAGUUACCAUCACGAAGUGGAACAGUAUGGCGCGGUAUUCGAGAUGUUGAUUUAAGUUCAAAAUACAAAAAGGACACUAAAUUUGCUUGGUGGGGAGUAAAUUCGUGUACUGUUGAUAUUGAAGUACUUGAAUCAGAGCAAUUUUUGGGUAAACAUGGAAAACGUACUCUCUUUUCAAUUGAAUGCAUUAAUGGAAAAUCUGUUGCCGCACACUCAUAUUUGAAGAAUACUGAAAAAGAAAUUAUUCUUAUGCCAGGUUCAUAUUUCGAAGUCAUAGGUCAAUUAAAUCCAGCACAUGAACUUCACAUUAUUCAAUUGAGAGAAAUUACACCACCUAUUGCAUUUGUUAAGCCACCAUUUUCAAAACCAAAUGAACAAAAACCUCUUCCGAUUGUUGAUCAACCAAGUGCAUUAUUUCCAUCGACAUCAACAAAGAAGACAUCAGUGAAACAACCUGCCAGUGGUGCUUCAAAACAAAUGCCAUCAAUGAAGCCAGGUAUGAAGAGUGUACCUGUGGGUGUGGAUGGAUGCAGCUGUGGAGUGGCAUAUGUGUGUUGA